AUGCAUGUUGCCCUUAUGCGACGUCUCGUCUGUGCGCCAUCGUACUACGGUCUGACCGCUUCACGGAGAGCGUCCCUGCACCCCUCUCAUUCCCUGUUCGCGUACGCUGACAAUGGAACUUGUCGGACACCGCAAGCAGUGCGGCAUUGCGCCAGCGCCUGCGAUUCGAGCACAGCAGACCACAGGGGCCACGAGGCAGCUCAUCUCUCGCAUACCAGUUGCCAACGGCGCAUCAGCAGCUUCGACAGACCACCGCUUUUGCGGCCUCCUCUGACGCCAUGCAGCAUUGGCGGGACGCCCUUCAUGUAUCUCCUCCAGCGCAUUAUCGUGGACAAGACAGAGAGGUUGUUUCACAUGAGGAGGGAGGCGCUUGAGUUCCUCUGCAAUGUCGCCGCCGGCGACUCAGCAACUCGCCGUCAUGACAACGCCACCGAGGAGGCGACGACUCGCGAACGGCGCAUGCGAGGAGCCUUGCUGCAGGUCGCACAACCUGCAUUGCAUUCCUCUCUGCAGCAGAAAGAAAACUCACUGUUCACGGUCUGCCUGCAACGCCCAGAAGGUCAUGUGUGCGUCCCCGCCGUGGUGGGUGAGACGUACGUGUUUCUCCGCUCUCAAGGUGUGGACGUGGCGGCGUGGUGGGAGCGCUAUUACACUACCUUUAUUCGACCAAGCAUGGUAGAACGUCCUGGCAGCGAGGGUAUGGUUGUCACGGCGGCGACCGAUGUCAGAGACGUGGAAAGAGUGGCAGCAUCCCCGGCGACAGACGAUUGCGGUCCCAACGCCGAAUGGAAUGGUGCAACUCGGCCGCCUCCACUUUACUGGAAGCUCGAUUGGGGCUUAAGGCCGGUUUUCUCUACUCACGUGACCACUUCGCACAGCGGAGACGUAUUCGCGGUGCCACUGCUGUCGUUUGAAGAACCUGCACCUUGGGGGGUAGCUCCCGCGAAGACGCAAACCGAUGGGUGGGUGCGAGGUAGCGAUGGCGUACCGGCCUCGACGGGUGCGGUAGCUGCUGCCCUUGCGAGCCCGCCAACCAGACAGUCUGUCUGGAUCCCUGUGUGGCUCAUUCGCCAUCUUCCCUUCUUCCCCAUUCCGUUUCCGUCGACCAACGCGGAAGGCGAGCCGCGACAAAGACGAAGUGCUGAGAUGCGGUACAAUGACGCAACAUUCGCCUCCGCAGGAUCGCCGCUGACGUCGCACGACCGCGACUCGUGCAUGGGAGAGGAGAAUGAGCGAGUGCCCCUGCAGCGCGAUGGCGAGCCAGAGACGACGGAAGCGGACUGUCUGCUGUCCAGGCAGGACGCCGUCUCGCGUACCAACGCUUUCGACGAUGUCCCUCUUGGGGUAAACAGGGCUGAUACCAGACCUUGCACUAGUUGGCGCACGCCACAGACUUUCAUAUCGACACCGCGGCUGCACACACGCGCACCACAGAAUCAGCUGGAUAAGGAGUGGGGGCAUCCGUUCUUCGACGAUCUACACAGUGUUAGCGACAUUGGCAAUCGGAGCCCCCGGCACGCUACAUUAACCUCGAGCGGUGAUCAUGAUACCGCAGCGCAUGACAUGAUCUAUGGACAGGCGUUGCGGCACUUGCAGCGGGUGCGAGAAUCCUCUACCUUUGCGCUCGAUCUCGAGUUUUCUAUUGGUUGCUUGCCAACCAACACCACCACCGGCGCGUUUUCCGCAGCACUAACAGCGGAGUGGCCGUCACCGUUAUCGUCGUGGAAGCUUCGGAGUACGCCUUGGAGGUGCCUCAGCAGUUUCUGGGCAACCAAGGCCGACCCUGCGAGCUCCCUCGCCGCGGACUACGUGUUUCCUCUUCAAGCGUAUCCACUGCUUCGGUACCGUUCACUUCUUCGAAGGCGUGUGGGACAUACCGCGAUAUCGACCUGCCGGCCGCAUCUGGGCUCCUCAGCAUGGAGUACCCUUAAUCGUCUGGAAAAAGACACCACCUCUUCGAGGUGGGUACGGUACCCUUUUCAGCCCUGCGGUGCAGCGCAACAGCACACCGACGUGGGCGCGCAGCUACGUGCGCACAGAUGGAUCGAUGGGGAAAGUCCCCUGAAUCGGAUGUCGCCAACAACCGUAGCCGGUGAUGAUCCCUAUCGUAGCGAAGUUUUUGUCGCAGCGCGGCGCGCCCCCGUCUUUCACGUUCUCCUAAGCAACGCUUGGGCCGAGCGAGUAGCGUUCUUUGGUGUGCAUUAUGUCAGUGUGGAUGCUACGGCAUUGUCGUGCCUCUUCGACUCGACCGUGUGUGUGCAGCAGGCGGUGCCGCUGGAGGUGACGGGAACCGUCUUCAAGGCUGGGCUGCGGUCUACUCGCUACAGGCAACAACACUCGUGCCUACGUGCUGGGCCGCAGCGCGUGUUCACGGUGAAAGACGGUGAAGGCGGUGCCUGUGCGUCGCCGCACAGGUUCGCCGAUCGAGGGACAGAACCGCGACUGCCGUUAUUUGCGGUCGCCAUGAAGAAGCUCGAGGCAGCUGAGGCGGCAGCCGCGGCGCCGGUGAACGCACAAGACAAUGCGGCUGCAACCCUUGGUGGAGGAGGUGAGCUUGGUUCCACCUUAGCUGCCGCCCCAUGGCUGGCGCGGCUGCGGGCGAUUCGGAAUGAGUGUGAGAGAGGCAAGUGCGAGCCGCAGGUGUCGCCGAUGGAGCGCGUCGUGAGAAUGCGCACGUCGCGUCAUUCUCUCUCCUUUCUUUUUCAGUCCCCGUACUGGGUCGAGGUGGCGGAACUGUACAGGCGGUGGGGCGUCCGUGUUGCACCUGGGACGGUGCCGCUCCUCAUCUGUGGGAAACCGUAUGUGAACGCAGAACAAACAACAGAUGCGUCACGCUUUUCGCCAAGUACAUGCGUGCCUCACCUCAUGCAAGAGGUGCUGUGCGGCAAGGGACUGGGGACCUGCACGUGGGCCGGGUCACAGAGUCUCCUUAGCCUGAUCGUACCCGGUGCUGCUCCUCGUCGUCGCCCUGGAGGUGUGUGUGCGUGGACGUACCGCACCCUGUGCGAGCGCGCGGCAGCUGUGCAGCGAGUGUCGAACCUGUGGAUUACCGAAUCAGUCGUCGAAAGAUUCAAGUGGACACUUCGAACUGUGCCUGCACCGCCACGGCCUGACAUGAGUGACGGCAGUGGCUUGGGUGGCCCUGAGGGCGGCCGCGAUGAGGUCAUCCGCGCCGUCCUGCCUCUGCACGAUAUUGAAUCGUCGCAAUUCCGGGGAACUCUUCUUGAUGAACUGCACGGCGAGGUCUUGCAUCGACAUUUUCAUCAGCGCAGCUACUCGCCUCAGCACGCGGGCAGCUGGGGAAACACCGCCACGCCACCGAAACCGCGCAGCACUUCACAGAAUACACCAACUCAGGUAGCCUUCUUCACACCUUCACAGCCAUGGCCACCGCCUUGCGAGCCGCCAGUCGUCGAAGGCGUGUUCUCUCCGAGCCUGUCCCGACACACAGCGCAGCCGCACGUCUCUGUCGUACACUCGAGCUGCGUGGUGGAACAAGCGGAGCUGGCGUUUGUGGCGGCAUUUUCUCCAGUCGUGCUUCUCCUGCGAGUGCCUGAUUUGACGAGUCGGGACUGGGGCUUUCACACAUGGAAGGCGGCCAACCUGAGGGCUGCCACGGGCUCGCGAUCCGUAGAGGCACACGUGACGGGCUCGGUAAGCCACGGAGAUGGGGUGGGGAGCACUACAGACGCGCGCGCCGAAAGGCCGCUCUCCUCGUACAACGAUUUUGAAGGGAAGGACUGUGACAAGGACGACCAGGCGUUUCAUGAAUGUUUGGCUGAUGACGGUACGGCAGCAGGGGGGAGCGAGUCGGUGCUCGAAAAGCGAGCCCGGCUCAUGUACAUGAAGGCAAUACGUCGGAAGCGAUUGCUGUGCCUGGCUCCCUGGAGGGAUACCAGCCUCAGUUUUCAGUCGCGACUGGACCUCUCGCGCCUGGCACUUCGCAAGGGGUACAGCGCUGAAAACGCUCAUCGGUGGGUGUCUCUUGACUUUUUGAGAGACGAACCUCGCGUGCGGACCGCGCGCACGGACACAGUAGCUCCUAAGCUGGAUACCCAAGUUGCUGGCGAGUUCCAGAUCCCCUGCCCAAAUUUUGCUUCUGAUCCCGCCGCUGCGGAGUCAUCCGGAGGGCGGCAAGCGGGAACAUCAUCAAGGUCGCGCGCUAUCACAGCGAUCAAGGUCGACGUGCUCUUCUAUUCCCAAGAUGAGCCUGAUGGGAGCAGCCGCCUCCGUGCUGACGGCGGCGACAUCGAAUACGACCACGGAGCGUGUAGCCAUGGCAACAACGCCACAGAUGAUUACAGUGCUGCAACACGGGUGAUGACGAUUGCGCUGAUAAACUAUGAGGAGCUGGAGUGGCCCGAUUCGGUGGUCUCUUCUUCCGAGCAGCAGUGGGCGUGGAAGAACUUUUGA